AUGGUGCUUUCAUUCAUCCUCAUACAGAAUCGGCAGGGAAAGACACGGCUGGCCAAGUGGUAUGCGCCGUAUAGUGAUGAUGAAAAAGUCAAGCUGAAAGGCGAGGUACAUCGCCUGAUUGCACCGCGAGACCAAAAACACCAGUCCAACUUUGUCGAGUUCCGCAACAUGUCCAAGAUUGUGUACCGUCGAUAUGCCGGCCUCUUCUUCUGCGCGUGCGUCGAUACAAACGAUAAUGAGCUGGCGUACCUCGAGGCUAUACAUUUCUUCGUCGAGGUGCUAGAUGCCUUCUUUGGGAAUGUGUGUGAGCUGGACUUGGUAUUCAACUUUUACAAGGUCUAUGCGAUCCUCGACGAGGUGUUCCUUGCGGGCGAGAUUGAAGAGACGAGUAAACAGGUCGUAUUGACGCGGCUGGCGCAUCUUGAUAAGUUGGAAUAA